GUUUGCAAGCAGAUUCAGCUCAACAAUUGCAAGCAGCGCGCUCGCGAUGAGGCAAACAAAGAGGUAAACCUCCUGCGUCGAGUUUCACAUGGUUGCGAUUACAUUGUCCAGUAUUUGGGAUCUUUCGUGGAGGGAGAGGCGCUGCACAUCCUUAUGGAAUAUUGUGAGAGAGGUGACUUGGGUCAGUUCCUAAAACUGCGAGACCACAAUCUUGAGGAGCGAGCGAUCUGGAAGUACUUGCUGCAGAUCGGCCUCGGACUGAAGUGGCUCCACCAGAACAGGAUCCUUCAUCGCGACAUCAAGACCAUGAACGUCUUCCUGAAGACCGAUGACAAUGUGCGUUUAGGUGAUCUUGGCGUGGCACGUGUGCUCAGCAACACAAGCUUUGCACACACAUUCGUUGGGACGCCCUACUACCUCUCCCCUGAGAUUUGCGAGGAGAGGCCAUACAACGAGUUGAGUGAUGUGUGGGCCUUCGGCUGCGUGGUCUACGAAAUGUGCACUUUAAAGCACCCGUUUGAAGCCAAAAACCAGGCUGCAUUGCUCAUCAAGAUCCUACGAGGACAGUUUGCUCCCAUCAAUGCUUCGUACUCACAAGAAUUGCGUGAUCUGAUUGAUGGAUGCUUGCAGCGUGAGCCUACGAGGCGAACCAGGCUGACGGACAUGUUUGCCAGAGCCGCCGUCCAGUCUUGGGCUUCUCGCCUUUCGAUCUUGCUGGAAGCUGACAGCGGUGCUUCUCCAGCUCCUCGAGUGUCGCGAAGGCUGCCUCCACAGGCACCUACAAAAGCGGCACGCUCGAGCAAGGGGUUUCCACGGACCAGAGUGCGCCUCGACCCACGAGCUGGGGCCGGUCGUCGUGAGGACACGUCCAGGGAAACCUUGGUGGCUCCAAAGACUCGAGCCAUGGAAAUGAGGACAGAGGCAACCAAAGGCCUCCGUGAUGAUGGAAGAGCAAAGCCUGGGCGAAGUGAUGGCGAGCAGGCACGGCUCAAGGCAGAGGUUGCAGAACUACCUGAUGUGGUUGUUGCAGCCGCUCGUACCAGUCGCAAUGUUCCCUCUGUGCAGCAGUUGUUGAAGAUGGACGACUCGCCGGUCAAGCGGCUUCUUCAGAGGAACGGUGGCAGAUUGACACAGGCAGCACUCAAAGAAGCAGAGCCCGUCGUGGAGGAGGUGACAAUUCGACCAGACUUUGAGGAUCGACAGGAGGAGCCUGCCGUAUAUGUUGCCGAUAGAUGUCAAGAGGAUAUCAUGGAAGAGCUUGAGACCGCGCAAUGUGGUGCAGAACUGACGUGCCAGAGCGCCUUCGAGGAUUCACUUCUCUACACUGGGACAUCCUACGGUGAUGGCACCCUCGAGAGUCCUUUGGAGCCUGAGUGGAAUGUCGAAGAGGUACUUUCUUCUGAGGAGCCACUGGCCCUGACUGCGACACUAGAUCGCGAUGGGCUCCUUUGUGAUGCUUGUGAUCGCCGAUUCCUUCCAGAGUCCGCUGAGGAGGCAGACGUCGACGCUGUGCAGGAACUCGACGGGCCGGUUGAUGAGGAAUUCGAAACCACCAUCGCGGAGGAUAAAGAGCUAAGCUUCUCCGGAGCUCUGCACAGAGAUCGCCAAGCGGAAGCAGAAGUUGCACGACUGAACGCGCAGAUCAAGCGCUUGUACUCAGAUGUCGUCAGAGACCUUGAUGCCGGUGCUCGUGCUGUUUGGGAUGAAUUGUAUGCCUUGUUUCAGGACAAGAUGGGAAUAGAGAUGACAGAUGAGGACCAAAGCGAGAUCGAAGCUUUCAUCUUUGAACAUCUUCCAACUGAGAGCACGGAGUUGAUUUGGAGAGUCUACAAGGCCUAG